AUGUUCGCGAGGGCGUUCAAGGAGGGCGGGCGAGAGGCCAGACGCGGCGGUUUCCGCGGCGGCGAGAAGAUGGACGCCGACGCCGACGCCGACGAGGAAGAGGACGAUCGUCGUCGGACGCGACGCGAGCCGACGCGCACGCGCGCGGCGGUCGAUAUUCUCCGCUCCGCGACGACCGAGGCGGCGGCGGCGGCGAAGAACGCGCCCGCGCCGCCGCACGCGGACGCGCGGUUCGACUACGAGCCCGAGUAUAAACGAUGCGGCGACGACGGCGACGACGCGGCGGCGGCGGCGGCGGCGGGGACGUCGUCGAACGCGACGACGAACGCCAAGAAGCGCCAGCGCCAUCACCACGACGAUCGAACGGACGCGGAGCGGGAGCUCGCGGAGAUCAAGAAACGCAUGAAGAUCGUGUCGAACCAGAUGAAGCAGAUGACGCGAAAACAGACCGUAUACAAGGCGGUCAUCGACCACGUCAACGCGACGCCGGCGCAGUGCGGCGUUCGCGUGAGCGGGCUGCCGCGCGGGACGACGGUGAAGGCGGCGGAGAAAGUCUUCUCCAGGUGCGGCGCGGUCAGGCGCUCGCGCGUGGAGGGCGCCGCGAUCGGCGGCGGCGCGAGCGACGUCGUGACGACCGACGGCGGGGCGGUGAUCAUCGAGUUCGCGUCCGCGACGUCCGUGGAGCGCGCGAUGAAGUUGGCGACCGAGGGUGGAAAUGGAAAGGGGGCGUUCGAGGCGUUCGGCGGAAAGACGCCGACGCUCACGAGGGGCGUCGGCAUCGUCGACGACGCCGCGUCCAACUCCGCGGCGCUGAUGCGCGCGGACGCGAGGCCGUUCGCCGCGCCGAAGACGCCGGGGGGGAGGAAGGCGAAGGUGUGGGUCCGCGACGCCGCGGCGACGGCGGCGGACGCGCCGGAGGCCAUGAUCGCGUGAUGACGAGCGACGCGGCGACGGCGGUCGCGGCGGCGCGGUGAUUCAUCCUCCAACGAUUAAUACCAGAUUAAUACAAGCGCGAA